GAUAGUCUUCCCCCAUAUGACGAACACGCGCCAACCUACUUUUCUAUCGCAGCUUUAAUGUCUCUCUUUCGAUAUGUCUAGCAAGCAAGCAUGCAACGUUCAAGGGCUUCUUCCCAUUCGAAGUUCGUCGAGAAAAUCCCCACCCCGGCGCGUGUUUAACGCUCGGCCAUUAGCGUAACCGCUCAAUCAAUCGCUUCUUUCCGUCCGGGCGCUUAGCUUGCUACGCUAUUGCACAACGUUUCAGAGACGUGAUCGCGUCCAGAGUAUCGGAUCUGGCUAACUAAAUGGGAGUUCGAACAUGGUUUUGCCGAGAGCCGUGCCGCAAUGUAUAAUAUGGAGACCCUGAGGGGGCGGAUCGCUUGAAAGUUUCGGGCGGGUCGAGGUAAGUCCUCAAGUACUUUGAAAUGCCCAUCACUUUAAUCGUAGUAAAGCUUCAUUGCACUGGCUCGCUUCGAAAGACGCGAACCUGUGAUUGACCGCUAUGACUCAAUAUCGAUUCGGCUCGAUAUCUCCGGUAGACGAAGCACCACUCGAGGUGCACCAGAACAACAGCGCGAACACUAGACUGUCCCAGGACCGAUCUCCAAGCGACGUCCAGCUAGUGGCACACUCUACACCACACGUUCGGAAAGGGAGCGCCUCGUGGCUUCCCUUUACUCUAAGAUGGUACUACCUGGUCAUACUAGCUAGCCUCAGUCUUAUUCUGGGUUCCUUGAUCGUUUGGCUCAGCUGUCACUCUAGGAGCAACCAUGGACUGGGGAGUAAUGACGGCUCGUCGGCUAUACUCUUCGGAUGGCGCUUUACUCCCACUCUCAUCGCCGUGCUUUACGCGCAGAUGACUGUCAUACUAUUCGAAGAUGUGAAGAGAACGGAACCAUUUGCGCGACUUGCUAAAGCAUCGACGGAAGGUACAAGUGCAUAUGGCACCAUUCUCCAGACCCCAAGAGCAUGGUGGUCCAUCUUUAUGGACAUCUGCUUCUAUCGAAGGCGGAUUGGCAGAACUAGCUGGAGUUUGGUUUGCGCUGCACUUGUCAACCUCAUUGCACUGCUAGCUGUAUCACCCCUUUCGUCGGCCCUACUUACUUCUGAGGAAGUCAUUAUUGCUGGACCCACCGAAUUCACGAGACUGGUACCUAAGAACGCUACCCAACUUCCAACAACUGCGACCAGAGACACUUACUUUCGAGCAAUGGCCGCGCUUAUGAGGAAUGUGUCAACGUCGGUCUGGGUCACCGACACCUCUCUGACAUUCCCUUUUUGGCCAUCGUCGGAGCUGGCACAGUAUGGCCCCAGAAUGACAUCGUCAUACGGUGCAUGGAAUGCAGAAACUACUACGUUAAGGUCAGAUUACGUUUGCCACGAUAUGAGACUCAGGAGCGCAGAUUUGAUGGAAGAGAAUUACUCUGAAGUAUACUCGGUACAGAAGUACGGUCCCUACAACGGAACACAACCCAUGGUCACGUUCGUGCUGGACUCCGAUCAAGGGUGCAGAUACGAGUUGAAGAUACACCCCUUUGCUGACCUUGCGUACAAUGGAGGCAUGACCUGGUCCAAUGCGACUACCUAUUUCCCUACUGGCAACACACUCGGUAUUGGUGGCAUAGUUGUCCCGCCUAAUGUUACUUCCACGCACGUAUACGCACGAGUCAAAGCAACUCAAGAAUGUAACAACCACGACAUCAUUCUUAUGAAUACCCCAUGGACCGCCUCCUUGAACCGAACGGAAAUGGGUCCCUUCAUUCCCGAGAACGUGACGUACGAACGCUCAUCCGACUUUCGUAUGCGAGGCAUCUUAUGCAGUUCCCAGUACUCCAUGUUCACAAAUGUCACAAGGGCAACGGGCUUUGGAGAUCAGAGCCACUACCUCAACGCAAGCUCCGAACCCGAUUCAAGUAGCCGGGAACUUGCUGACAAGAUGGUGAAUGUUUCCAAUUUCCAGGCGACAAGCAUGCAAGACAAUUGGAAGACGUACUUCGACCAAAAGAGCAUGUUUACUGAUUCCGAAAGGGCAACAGGGUCGAUUCAAGGUUCGCAGGAUGCCGGCAGAGCCUUGAGCUAUUCUGGGAUGGCGCCUGUGCUUGCCGCACUCUCAGGCUUCAAUCUGACCGCCUUGAUGAACGACCCCAACAUCACCCAGACAGCAGCAAGAGUCAAGGGACGGUUUUUUAUGGAGACGAUACGUGAGGCGCUCGAUUUACCAGAAUUCGUUCAACAAGAGAAACUCCAAGGGUCUGCCACUGUUGUUCAGGAAAGGGUUGUUGUUCUGACUGAAAUCGGAUUUACAUUGGCGGCGCUGUUCUACGCUUCAGCUGUGUUUCUCGCCGUGCUAGUUUGGGCGUCUCGCUUGUCUCAUCGACCGCUUAAUCUUCUCUCGGAUCCGUCUAGUAUCGCGGGUCUGAGUCUUCUACUACAAUCCCACCAGGUCCGAACAGCUACCUUCAGGAGCUUGCACGCAGCUUCAAGAGAUGACUUCUACAACUCGUUACGAAAGGAGAACUACUUGACGUCAGGCCAAUAUUUGAUCCAAGGAAGCGCACAACCUACAAUCAUCCCACCGCUCAUCAAAGCGAAAUCUGAUUGGAGACCUCGUGUAAUUCAAGUACGGAUGCUUCUCGCCUUGGGUGUCUUACUUACGUCUAUCAUGGUCGCAAUUUUGACUUUGAACGCUUUCUCCGCGCGUUCACUACUAUCUCAAGCCGGCUUUACUUACGAGGCCGACAUCUCUAAGUUGAAUCUUAGUUUCCCGACGUUUGCACCUAUCUCAAUCGCACCGACCGUCGCCAGUAUCGUGAUCGGACUCUGGUGGGAUCAACUGGACAUGACGUUCAGGACACUUCAGCCCUAUAUAUCAAUGUCCCAAGGCCCGACAUCGAUCAACUCCGGGGCAGGUCUAACGUACAAAUCCAAGACAUGGGUUGGUGCAGCCAUUAAAGCAGCCCGUUUCAGGCAUUGGGUUCUUUUCAUGGUCGCCGUCGGCUCUGUUCUGGCCCAGGUCCUUACUGUCUCCAUGUCUGCUUUGUUCGAGAGAACAUCCACAAACACCUCUAGGCAGAUAACGCUGUUCCAGAACUUGGAAAUGCGCCAUGAUGCCUUGAUAGCCGAAGUCGACGUAAUUCGGGGCGACAGGCCGUACGAUGUUUCCCAAAGCGUUUUGAACGAGCUGUAUCUUGAUGCUCGUAACAACUGGCUAUACGGAGCAGGGAUACAACAUGCUUUCAACGGCUCGCAAUUGCCCUGGUCAUCAGAAGGUUGGAAUUUUCUACCGGUCGACCUGUCGCAUGUUUCAAACAUGACUGGCCCGCAAACCCUGCAGGACCCCUCCAGCAGUACAGCGUUCGCAUCGACUAACGUAAGCCUUCAAGUACCUGCUAUCCGCGCAAGACUGGAAUGCAACCCUAUCGAGGAAAUUUCGAACAUAUCAUCGUGGCUCGAGCCCGUCAAUCUUACCGAACACGAAAGUAGUAUGCUGCCAGAAGAUAUCGCACGACUCAAGAGUACAGGAGGGCUUCAAGUUUACACAUUGCCAUCUAGUAUUUUCGAGAACAGUUCAUCCAAAACUACGACCUUCUCACCAUCGACUUAUGUCGCAUGCUGCGCCAAUGGAACUAUUGAGAAACCGCGCCAGAGCGUCAUGGGCUAUUGGACCGCAGUUCGAAACCGAUUUAUAUGGGAAGACGAUGCCGAAUACGUUUCAUGGCCGCUGUCUAUCGUGCCGAAAUGGAUCGUCGGGAAGCCCGUCAGUGUCAAAGAUUCCAACGGAUACCAAGUUGUGUAUUUCAGAGAAGUACCUCGAAUGCAGGCUGCUAAUUGUCAACCAAUUAUUGAGACUACGGAAGCUACUAUAGCUGUCGAUGCUCAGUCUGGAUCCAUAAUUUCCUCGAGAAUUGACAGUUCGGUAGAGCCGAUGAAUCUCGCGUGGGACGAUGCCUUCACACGGCACGAGGUACCUGGCCAUACUCCGGCACUCGCCAACAAUACUUAUCGAGGGCCAUUGAACGUCACUACGUCCUUUGGUAUACUAUUCCUGGGUUCGAUGAUGGGGUCUGCGAAUCGACAGUUUGAUGACAAUGCCUUCGUGUUUCGAGACAAAGAGUAUGGCAUUGACAUGGAUCUUAUGACCAAUACAAUGUAUGCUAUGGCCGGCAAAGAUGCUGAAGCACUACUCGACUAUACAACCUUCACAGUUUUGGCCGACCGCACAUUCCAGACGUUCUUUCAGCAGUUUGUCAAUAGUGGGUUGUCCUUGGCAGAGGGUGGCUUUACAUACCAACCAGUGAACGACAAAAGUAUAGAAGAUCUGAGCCGUCCAAUUGACGCGAAUGGCACAGUUCUGUCGAAACGUGAGACUAUUCCGACACGGAACAUCUCGGCGUCAGUGUCGACCCGCAUCCGUGUUCUACAUCUGAACACCAUUGCAACCUACCUGUCAACCGCAAUAUUGGUAUGGCUUACAGUCACAACCUUCAUCAUCAUCUGUCUGCAGCGAAAUUAUACGAGCUCAAUGGUUCGCGACGUACAGCUCAUUGCCGACAUGCUGGUUCUCGUAGCUGGCAGCGACAAGUUCUUAGAGCUCGUGGAAGAGCGCGGCAUCGCAUUAAAAAAGGACCGAGAAGUUCAGACAAUGCUGGGUUGGUUCAAGGACAAGGACGGCGAGGUUCGCUGGGGAAUCGAGGUGGUUGGUGGAAGAGAUCCAGUUCAAUGGGUGGACGCUCCAGAAACAGGGAACCAUAUCCGGGAGAAAAGUCUGCUGAAGCCUGGAUGGUUACUUCCAUGGAGGAGAAACUAGUCUUUAGUGAAUAGAGAGAGA